GAAAGGUAUGAAAUAGAGAGACACGCGAGCACAAUUGCCCAACUAACUUCACUUCACUUCACUUCACCUUCUAGUUCUACUAAUAUGCAGAGAGAUAAAAGGGGGAGAUAGAGAGAUUUGAGGAGGGAGAGAAGAAAAAAGAGUAGGACGAAGAAGGGAAAGGGGAAAUGAUUGGGCGAGUGCAUUCCGCACCCUCCUAUUCGGUUCCUUCACCAUCCAUAAUCCAUCGCCCUCCUUGCUCUAUUAAGCCACGUGACCUCUCCUUAUCCCCUUCCAACCUCAACCUUCUCUCCUCUAGAUCUCCAUCAACUACUUUCAGCUGCAACUGCACUCGCGAUUCCGGUGAGAAUGAGAGCAAAACAAUCUUAGAUGCAUUUUUCUUGGGAAAGGCAGUCGCUGAGGCACUUAAUGAGCGUCUAGAAUCGGCUGUGGGUGAGUUUCUGAGCUCCAUUGGCAGAUUACAAGCUGAACAACAAAAGCAAGUUCAAGAAUUUCAGGAUGAGGUGUUGGAAAAGGCUCGACGGGCCAAGGAGCAAGCAGCAAUGGAAGCAAAGGGGCUUGUUCCCCCGGCUAACUCCAGUGCAGAUAAGGUAUCAGCUGUGAAUGGUGUAGCCUCGAACACAUACUCACCUGCUGAUUCUGUGAACUCUACAACCUCGUCCUUGCAAUCAGAGCCUUUUGACCAUGAGAACGAUCCUCCAAACGAUGGCUGAUCAGUAAUGAUGCUACCUAUCAUCUCUGCCCGUUGCAUACUUCAUCUUGCAACAUAUUACAUUAUAAUGUAGCUUCUUCAUUGAUAAUCCUGUUAUCAAAGAGGCUGAGUUUGUAGCACUUUACUAUGAUCUCUGGCUUUCACUUCUAGCAAGAGAAAAAAAUUGAGUUCAAAAUUGUGAAA